AUGCAAACUACUCAAGAAUUUCUUUUCCCUUUCCCACCAUAUCCUAUACAAAAUCAAUUUAUGGAAAAACUCUAUAUAUGUCUAGAGAAUGGUAAUUUGGGAAUCUUUGAAAGUCCAACAGGCACUGGUAAAUCUAUGUCAAUUAUUUGUGGUGCAUUAAAGUGGCUAAUUGAUUAUGAAGAAUUGCAGAAGAGUCAGUUAACAGCUGCAAUUUCGGUACUUGAUGAGAAAAUAGAAAAAUGUGUUAAUUCCUCUGAUAAUUGGUUAUCUGUUCAGACCAAACAGAUAGAAUUGAACAGCGAAAGACAAGCGCUUAAAACAAAGUUAAACAACAUUCUUCAGUACGAACGUAACAAAAAUUUAUUGGUAGAAACAGCUAAAAAUAUAAAUAAUAAAAAAAAAUCGUACCAUAAAAUCAAAACAGAUUAUAUAAAACAUAAAGUAUCAGAAAAUGAUUUGUCAUUCGACGAUUCACAUCUGGAAGAUGAAAAUAUAGAGGCAGAACUACUUUUAGAAGAUAUCGUACACUAUUCAGAUGGUUCUGAAAAUGAAAACGAGGAAGGAAAUAUUUAUGAAAACACCAAAAUCUUUUUUUGUUCCAGAACUCAUUCCCAAUUGUCACAGUUUAUAGGGGAACUAAAAAAAAGUCCUUAUUUAAAAAAUGUAUCCGUCAUAACAUUGGCAUCUAGGCAAAGUUAUUGUAUUAAUAAAAACAUAAGAAGAUUAAAACACUUGAAUUUAAUUAACGAACAAUGUUUACAAUUACAAAAGAAGAAAACAACCGUUAAGCAUGAAAAAGAUGUUAAAAAAAAAAAAGUGACAACUAAUUGUCCAUUUAUGCCAGGUAAUCAAGAUUGGCUAAUAGGGGAAACUCUAGCACACAUUCAGGAUGUGGAAGAAAUUGCACAGAAAGGAGAAAAUCUUGAAACUUGUCCAUAUUACGCGUCAAGAAAUGCUAUUCCGCAUGGUCAGCUAAUAUUAGUACCUUACAAUACUAUAUUGCAUAAAAACACAAGAAUAAGUUCAGGAAUUGUUUUAAAAAAAAAUAUAUUAAUAAUCGACGAAGCUCAUAAUUUAUUGGAAGCCAUUGAAAGAAUGCAUAGUGUUAUGGUUACAGGUAGACAUCUAUUGCACUGUUAUAACCAACUUUUACAAUAUCAAAAAAGAUUUCAAAUGAAUUUUUCUGCUAAAAGUGUCUUAAGCUUAAGUCAGUUAAGUUUUUGUUUAAAAAAACUCUUUACAAUUUUUGGAGCUACUACAAAGUCAAAUCCUAAUGAUAGUAUCGACACAAAAGUAUCAUCGAAAUUAUAUAAAAUAGAAGAAUUUGAAGUAACGACAGAAAUUGACACAGUAAACAUAUUCGACUUGUUGAAAUUUAUUAAAAAUUCUCGGUUGAGUCACAAACUACAAGCUUUCGUAGAACAAUAUGGAAAUAAUGUAAAACUUCAUAAAAAUGAUACAGAAAUUUCUGGUGUGACACAAUUUUUAAAUUCCAUUAAAAACAAAGGUUUAGAAUCGGACGUAUCUCAGUCACUUACAGACAAAGUACCAAACGAAGAACAAUCAAAUAAUCCAUUGAUAUCAGUUGUGAGCUUUUUAGAAUGUUUACAAAAUAGGUGUAGCGAUGGACGCAUAUUAGUCGUUCCUGGUUCAACUAUUGGACAAAGUUUUAUAAAAUUUCUAUUGUUAAAUCCAGCAGCUCAUUUUCAUGAUAUCGUACAAGAUGCAAGAGCUGUAAUACUAGCUGGUGGAACAAUGGCACCAAUGAACGAAUUUACAGAACAAUUAUUUAUAGCAGCAGGUGCCGCGCCUGAUAGGAUUGUUACAUUUUCAUGCGAUCAUGUGAUUCCUCAAGAAAAUAUAAUAUGUAAUAUUAUAACUCACGGUCCAACUGGUAUUGAAUUUGAAUUUAAUUUUCAAAAUCGACAAAAUACGAAAUUGAUAGAUGAACUAGGAAGAGCAUUGUUAAAUAUAUGUAAUAUUGUACCAGCUGGAAUUGUAGUAUUUUUACCCUCUUAUAAUUUUGAAGAAUUAGUAUACAAACAUUUAGAUAAGUCUGGAAUAUUAAAAAAAAUUUCUUCAAAAAAGUGUGUUUUUCGUGAACCCAAAUUAACUUCUCAGGUAAAUGAAAUUUUGGAACAAUAUGCACUUUGUAUAAAUAAACCACAAAGUCCUCAAAAUGGAUCUCUACUAUUUAGUGUAGUAGGUGGUAAAUUAAGCGAAGGAUUAAAUUUUUCUGACAAUUUGGGUAGAUGUAUUAUAGUUGUAGGAAUGCCUUACCCAAAUAUUAAAUCAUUAGAACUACAAGAGAAAAUGAAAUAUUUAAAUAAAAAUGUUAAACCUGAUGCCGGACAAAACUUUUAUGAAAAUUCAUGUAUGAAAGCAGUAAAUCAAUGUAUUGGACGAGCUGUGCGACAUAUUAAUGAUUACUCAACAGUAAUAUUGUUUGAUAAACGCUAUUGUCAAAAAACAAAAGCACUCCCACAUUGGAUUCAACGUACAGUAAUAAUUCAUAACACUUUUGGUAGUAUGAUUGGCAGUGUAGCCAAGUUUUUUGCUAAAAAAAAGAAAUUAUCACAAUAG